CUCAGAAACAGAGCAUUUUUAUUCAAUAGAAUUGAAGUUGGAAAUGGUUUAUAAUGGACUUGGAAAAUGGCCAAACAACAUUGAGAUGAAACCAAACCCUUCGUUACACUUCACCACCCUGAGCCAUGAGUCCAUGACUACCAACUACCAAAAUAACAAUCCGUUUGUUGUAAAAGUGGAUCGGAGGUAUGGAAAGGGACCGGUUCCACAGGAAACAUCGGCGGCGGCGGAUGAUAAUCCAUCUUGGAGCGAGACUGAUGUCAACGCCAUGGUCUCCGCUCUCAGCCGUGUCAUCGAGAAUCCGACAGACCCGCCGGUCAAACAAGAGCUUGAUAAAUCUGAUCAACUUCAACAAGACCAGGAUCAACCAAGAAGAAGACACUAUAGAGGCGUAAGGCAGCGACCAUGGGGCAAAUGGGCGGCCGAAAUCCGUGAUCCAAAGAAAGCAGCCCGUGUCUGGCUCGGGACUUUCGAGACAGCAGAGGAAGCUGCUUUAGCCUACGACCGAGCCGCCCUUAAAUUCAAAGGCACCAAGGCUAAGCUAAACUUCCUGAACGGGUCCAAGGCCCUACUACCACUACAACCAUUGAUCAUACCCCAAGAGGAUUAUGCUGGCAACCCAGACACAAACCGUCCGUCUAUCAUCGGACAACCUCGACCGAACACGAACCACAAUACACAUCUCAACAGAUAUCCUGGUCAUGAUAACUGUUGGUGUUUGAAAGAUGAGAGAGAUGUGGAUUAUUGAACUAAAGAGUAGUUCAGCUU